AUGCAACACUAUAACGUCGCCGCCGCGUUACCGCCAUCUCACGGCGGAGAAACCGCCGGGAACUCCGAUGUUAAGCGUGGUAAGAAACGGGGCAGUUAUAACUGUGGCCGGUGUGGCCUUCCCAAAAAGGGUCAUAAUUGUAACGUGAAAACUCCCUCCUCCGCCACCGCCACGCCUGCUCCCGCUGAUUCUUCUCUGUCUGCCAUAACCACUCCUUCCGGCACAUCUACUCUCCGUCAGCCGCCGUCGCAUCUCCGCCGUGCGCUUUCGUUCGAUGAUUUGGACGAUCGUGCCGCUGGACUCGAUCUAUGUGAACCGGAUGAUAUGGUGGAUCGAGAUUUGUUUGAUGAAGCAGAUCUGGAUCUAGAUCUGGAUACCGAUUCGUGCGGGUUGCCGGCGAGUCUCCUUUGGGAAGUGCUGAGGAGGCUACCGCCGGCGGGGCUGCUAUCAGCAGCUAAGGUGUGUAAGGGAUGGAGAGAGACGGCGAGGAAAUUGUGGAGAGCGGCGGAGGAGUUGAAGCUUAGGGUUCCGGCAAGCGUUCAGGUCGGUUUUGUUGCGUCAAUGUUACAGAAGUGUCCCGGGAUUGUGAGGCUCUCUCUUAGGAUGGAAAGUGAUUUCGAUUCAACGAUGCUGGCUUGUAUUGCCUUCUCAUGCCCUAAUCUCGAGUCUAUGGAGAUCUCCAUGUUUGAUAGUGCAACCAAUCGAAUCAAUGGGGAUGAAUUAGGCCGAUUUGUUGCUGAUAAAAGAAGCCUCAAAAGCCUCAAGAUGGAAGGUUGUUCUAAUCUGGGGGGUUUUGUCCUCUGUUCAUCUAGUCUUUCUACACUUUGGCUUUCAGAGCUGCACUCUCUUUCUAAGAUGGUAUUUAAUUGUCCCCAGUUGAGAGAGAUUUCCUUGGAGUUUUCUAGCCAAGAAAAUGAUGGUACUGAUCUCACAACUAUGAUUGAAGGCUUGGGAAGAAGCUGUCCAAGAUUGCAAAACAUACACAUAGCUUCAAUGCGGCUUUCACAUGCUGCUGUGCUUGCUAUUACAGCUGCUCAGUUGAGGGGACUGCGAAUGCUCUCUCUUGUUCUUGGAUCUGAAAUAACUGAUGCAUCUGUUGCUGCAAUUGCCUCAAGCUAUCCAACUCUAGAAUUGCUUGAUCUCAGUGGGUCUGGUGUAAGUGACAGUGGCAUUGGAAUGAUUUGCAAUGUAUUCCCUGAAACAAUGUCAAGACUCCUUCUUGCUCUUUGCCCUAACGUGACUUCAAGCGGCAUUCAAUUUGCUACAGCUCAGUUGCCGCUCCUUGAACUUAUGGACUGUGGCAUGACCAUAUCCCAAAAUCCAACUACUGACGAAAACAACUGCAAAUUACCUAAAUCAUCUGGCACUAAUCUAAACCUUACAAACCAAAAGCUAAUCAUUAAACACAGCCGUUUAAAGAAACUCAGUUUAUGGGGUUGCACUGGCUUAGAUGCCUUAUACUUAAACUGCCCACAACUCAAUGAUCUGAAUCUAAAUUCUUGUAGAAAUUUGCAUCCAGAAAGACUCUUGCUCCAGUGCCCCACUCUGGAAAAUGUGCAUGCAUCAGGUUGUCAAGACAUGUUGAAAGGGGCUAUCCAAAGUCAGAUCCGUGAUGCUUUUGCUGCUAUGGAAAACCAUUCACCUUCUAAACGUCUACCUGAUGGCUCCAAAAGGGUUCGGGUUCCUCAUUUACUCAGUGGCGAGUCCCCUGAACCUGAAAAAAAACGGAGGAGGAUUGAGAGACGGCUUUGUAAUGUGCUUGUGGACUGA